CAUCCCCGCCUUCGUAAAACCACGUGCUUCAAGUUGAGCUCCGGAAGUGUUUGGUAAUGAAAGGUUAAAUGACCGAGGAACCGCAGAACUCUUGAUACGUUUGUUUGUGAUUCUGCAGGGAUGGAGGUAACAAGAAAAAAUUUUAAGGAGAGUUUAAACACCAUUUACAGCGCAAUAGAAGAAGCAGAUUUUCUUGCGAUAGAUGGAGAGUUCUCAGGUAUCAGCGAUGGACCCUCCGUUAGUGCGUUAACCAACGGAUUGGAUACCCCCGAAGAACGGUAUCAUAAGCUGAAAAAGCAUUCCAUGGACUUCCUACUUUUUCAGUUUGGUCUUUGUACAUUCAAAUACGAACAACUGGAAUCCAAGUAUGUGAUCAAGUCUUUUAAUUUUUAUAUAUUUCCAAAGCCAUUUAACCGGAGUUCACCAGACAUCAAGUUUAUCUGUCAGAGUUCCAGUAUAGAUUUUCUGGCAAAUCAGGGAUUUGACUUCAAUAAAGUGUUCCGAAAUGGGAUUCCAUACUUGAACCAGGAAGAGGAGAGCCAGCUGAGGGAACAGUUUGAAGAGAAGAGGUCUCAGUCCAAUGGUGCUGCAUCACUGUCUUUCAUCUCACCAAGCUCGUGCAAGGGCCCAGUUAGUGUCCCAGAGGAGCACAAGAAUUUCAUUAAUAAAGUGGUGGAAAAGGUAGAAGCCCUGCUGGAAUGUUCGGAUAAAAGUGUGGAAUUGGAGCCUUGCACUGGUUUUCAGAGGAAGCUCAUCUAUCAAACCUUGAAUUGGAAGUAUCCUAAGGGGCUUCAUGUGGAAACCAUGGAAACCGAAAAGAAAGAGCGGUACAUUCUGAUCAGCAAAGUGGAUGAUGAAGAGAGGAAAAGGAGGGAACAGCAGAAGCAAGAGAGAGAGCAGGAAGAGCUGAACGAUGCUGUUGGAUUCUCGAGGGUCAUACAUGCAAUUUCAAAGUCUGCAAAGCUCGUUGUUGGCCACAACAUGCUUCUUGAUGUCAUGCAUACCAUCCACCAGUUCUACUGCCCAUUGCCUGAGGACCUGAGUGACUUCAAAGAGGUUACCAUGUGUGUCUUUCCUAGGCUUUUGGACACAAAACUCAUGGCAUCUACACAACCAUUUAAAGAGAUUAUCAAUAACACAUCAUUGGCAGAACUGGAAAAGCAGUUGAAAGAAACUCCUUUCAAGGCCCCAAAAGUCGAAAGUGCAGAGGGGUUUCCAAGCUAUGACACUGCUACAGAGCAGCUCCAUGAGGCAGGCUAUGAUGCCUACAUCACUGGCCUGUGCUUCAUUUCCAUGGCCAACUACUUGGGGUCCUUCCUCACUCCACCUAAGGGGCACAUAUCAGCCAGGUCCAAGCUCAUUGAGCCCUUUUUCAACAAGCUCUUCCUCAUGAGAAUCAUUGAUAUUCCAUACCUCAACAUCAGCGGUCCAGACUUGCAGCCAAAAAGAGACCACGUCCUCUAUGUCACCUUUCCCAAAGAGUGGAAGACCAGCGAUCUCUACCAGCUCUUCAGUGCCUUCGGAAACAUACAGGUUUCCUGGAUUGAUGAUACGUCCGCAUUUGUGUCAUUGAGUCAGACGGACCAAGUGCAGAUUGCCAUGAACACCAGCCGCUAUGCAGAGAGCUACCGCAUCCAGACGUACGCCGAAUACCUGGAGAGCCGGCAGGAUGACAAGCAGAGCCGCAAGAAGUGGCCUGAGGACGGCUGGGUGAAGUCCCACUACAGCAGCAGCAGCAGCACCAGCACGGCAGUGUCCGGCUACGGGUACAACCACAACCAGACCUUCACUGGGAAGAGGAGCAUCAGUCCUAUUCAGGAGGAGCAGGGCUCUGACGAGCCUGAGGAGGGUGACGUUGAGGGUAGCGAAGCAGUCAGCCACAGUGGCACCUGGAGUCACUCCACCGUCGACAAGAAGAACAAAAAGAUGAAAACCGACGCGCUGAGUACUGGCAGGACGGCGGAGGGUGGGCCGGUUCCAUCGUACGCUGAUGUUGUGGACAGCAGGUCGGAAGACAGCUGGUUAAAGUCAGCCAUCAGCAGAGAAAAGGAACAUGAGCCCCAUUCAGGAAGAGCAGGCCUACGAUGGCACAGAGGAGGAUGGGAAUGCCAACACCAGCACCUGGCCUCUGCUGUCUGCCACUCAGGGCAAGAAAGGCCGCAAAAACAAGAAGAGGAAGACCGAAGGUGCUGACACAACCUCUUCAACCUUGUUUGAUGUCCCAAAUGUCUGGUAGCAUGAAACCUUAAAGGUCGCUGAAAUCCCCCAAACCGGACAAUUCCCAUGGCAGCCACACCCAACAGUCUAAAAAGCCAUAAGAAAAUUUCAGUGUUUAACGGGUAAAAACGGUCCGUGUAAGUUGGUCACAGAAAUAUGAAUCUGCUGCUCUUUUUCUGUUGUGUAGUUUUUUUUUUUUUGCUUUUUUCCCCCCAGAGCUUUAGAUUUUGCCCCAUUUGACCCAAUGUCAUUCUUGGAGAAAAACAACCCUCUGAUGAUUGUAUCAGUGCUGUACACCAUACACCCACCCACCCCCCACCCCCCUUGAACUUCCAUCUUCCACACAAUGCUGUACAUUUCAUAUGGUCAUACUGAUGCCUCACUGUGCUUGGACAGUGCUGUGUGACUGGGAGGAGGGGGAUCUCACUUUCUGUUGUGUUGUGUAUUGUAAUUUGUUUAUUUGUUUUAAUUUCCAAUGUUAUUCACACUGAGUGUUUACAGAGUGGAUGGUGUUGAAAUAAGAACAACAUUAAUGAAUGUGUAGGUGUUUAUUAUAUGUGACUUGACUGAUACCGUAAAAAUAGAAAAUGAGUCAUUAGAAAAUGUAAGAUUUUAAUUCCAUUUGUCUUUCCUUUUUAAAUAUGUAGACCACAGUCCUCCCAGUUUUUAGCUAACAGUAAUGCUGUUGUUUAUUCCGUAUUGACAUUUUCCAUCUUUUUCUAGAAAGGUUAUGUAGUUGGGUUUUUUGUAUGUCAAAUUUUGUUCCAUGUCAGUCUUUGUUGUGCUAGCCACUCCCUGCAGAUCAUUGCUACUGUGUCAAAGAAUGUUUUGCAAAAUGUGUUAAUAUGUGCAUUUUUGUACCAUAAAAUGUAAAGUAUUUCCUUAAAUGGGGAAAAAAAUAAAAGAAUGUUUCUUAGUA